ACGGGAACAAAGAUCGGCUCCAGAUAUGAAGUGUGCGGACAGUUGGGUCACUACAAGGAAGUGUUCACUUGUGUGGACACGAGUGAUGGCAACCGAGAACUGGUCGUCAAAGUGGAGAGAAGUGAAGACACGAACCGUCUUCUCUCAGAACACAAGUUCUACACAAAGCUGUCGACAACUCCUUGUUUUGAUGUAGUGAUCGACUACUUGUGCGACCUGUCCUUCCGCUACCUCGUGAUGAAGCCUUUGGGACCAAAUCUGUACGACUUGUACCGACUCGAGGGGAAGGAGGCGCCGGACAACGACCACAACUGGCGAGUGAUGUUUGCGCUGAGAUAUGCCUCGCAAAUGGUGUCACGAGUGGCCAACUGUCACAUCAGACAAAUCAUUCACAGAGACAUCAAACCCGAGAACUUCGUGGUGGACGCCAUCGAUGAGAAGUACUUGUAUUUAAUUGACUUUAAUUUGGCCAAAGAGUACACAAACCCAUUGACGGGACACAUCCCGUACUGCAAGAGGAAUGCCGCCCAUUCUGUCGGUAACGUCCAGUUCCUGUCGAACAACGCACACGCGGGGGAACAACAGUCCCGAAGAGACGACUUGAUAUCUGUUGGCUAUUCGUUGGUGUGGUUGGCGAAGGGAUGCCUUCCGUGGUCUCACUUGUCUUCGCGAAAGUUUCCGAUGAGAAGCGAUUACUUGCGAGUUGUGGGCGAUAUGAAGACACUCUGCUCUCUGGACGAGCUCUGCGGUGGUCUCCCCUCUGCCUUCAGGCAGUAUAUGGAGUAUUGUCUGCGACUGGGGUUUGAAGAGCAGCCCAAUUACUUCCAUCUCAGGUCUCUCUUCGCUGAUUGUGUUGUGUCCGCGCGAAGUGAGACACAGACCCAGACAUCACUUGAACAGGCAUUCGAGGAUUACUUAACCAUUGACUCAAAGUUAGACAACAUUUCACCUCAUUUUAAGCGAAAAGUGUCUAAUAUUUACACCAAAUUCGGAACUCCUUCGCCGCCAAUGAUCUGCCCUUAA